GAUUUACUUGCAGUUAUAUUGUGUUGUUUAAGUKUUCCCUUUAUUUUUUUGAGCAGUAUAUUUAUGUGACAUAUAAAAUGUCCUAGAUGAAUAACAAAUAACCGGAGAGGUUAUUAUGGUGUCAGGACCGCAGCUAGCUAGCUGGGUUGUCCACUUCCGGUUGUCCACUUCCGGUUCUCUAAUUCAGGGGAGACAAACUUCCAUACUACACUCUCUAACGGCUAUUCAAGAAACUUUAGUUAUUAGCAUUUAAUAAAAAACAGCAACAACAAUCAGAGGCGCUGCUCUGCUUUAGUCUAACCUGAAUUAAAACCUGCAAGCUGGUGUUGGAAUAAACCAAUGUUAACUGGUUUAACUGGUCUAACUGGUUUAACUGGUCUAACUAGUCUAACUGGUUUAACUGGUUUAACUGGUUUAACUGGUCUAACUGGUUUAACUGGUCUAACUGGUUUAACUGGUAUGGAACGAUGUGUGUCCCAAAAUGUGCAAACAAAAUAAAUAGGAAAAAAUCCUAAUAAGGUCAAAUACAUGACCGCGGCUUAUGGCUCAGAAAUAAACCCCAAUACUGGGUCGAUUCUGGAGGGAAACCCAGUGGGUCAGAACCGGGUCAAAGGCACUGCUACUGAAUACAUGGACAACAUAAAAAAUAUUCUAAUGUUUAUGAAACAGAAAUAAUGUUAUUCCCGAACAGAACCGGGAGAACGUUCUCUGACUGUCGGAACUUACGGAACUGUCGGAUCAACGGUUCAGAAGUGAACCGUACGGAUCGGACCUGGACGGUUCGGAACCGAACCGAGCGGUUCUGGUCUCAAACUGAUCAUCAGAACUUUAGAGAUUAAAUCAAAUGAGAUCUAAAAGACGAGAUUUAAAGUAAAAACCCUGGACGUCGGUGGGGGACAGACAGCUGGACGUGGACCACCGGUGGGGGACAGACAGCUGGAUGUGGACCAGAGCCCCAGGUUUCUCCGCUGGGCCUCCAGAUGGCGGCCCGAGGAGCGGCGGGCUCCGGGAGGAGCGAGCCGUCCAGGUGGAGCGGGAAAACACGGAGGCUCCGCCCACUGGGGGAGGAGGGGCGGGGCUAAAAGUGGAUUGUGAAACAAAGACCGAGAAACACAGGAAGAGGUCUCACUCUGCUGGUUUUUCUCGUUUGUCUUUUAAUCCCGAGUUUAAACGGGAUCUACAUUCUUAGUAACUCCAAAGAAAGAUGGUUAAUGAGCUGAACUUAUGGAGCCAUUUCCAGUCAUUAUGACCAACAAUUGAUCCCAGUUGGAACAAUUGAUCCCAUUAGAAGCGUCUAUGUUGGACAUCCAACCGUCUCUACUGCACACAUUUCUGCUUAUAUACGAUCAAAUCUACAACCUUGAUGGUAAUAAAUGCUUAUUUUGUGGAAAGAACAUAGAAACAAUAAAUUGUGUUUUCUACAAAGCUAAAAAAAACAAAAACCCAUCAAAUAUCUUUGAAAUAAGGUGGAUCAAACCAAACAUAAAACUUCCUGAAUCUGUGUAUAGAUAUAACAAUAUCUGGUUAUUAUAGAAAAACCAAACUCAGUGGUAAUCUUAUGAUCCAACAUUUUGUCUGGUGAAAUUCUUUAUUCGCCAGCAGAAGCGCUAGCUCUGCUCUUUAACAUCUUAUCUUCCUGUGGCCCAUACAGACGCUGACAGAGCAGCUGGCGUGUUGGACAGGAAAUCAGCAUUUACCUUUAAAAGCAGGUGAUCAGAUGCUGGUGACUCGCAGGAAUCGACCUGCUGCUGUUUCAGUUUUGCUUCAGUUCGUUUUGGAUUAUUGUUGAUGGAAAGUUGUUUUUGUUUUGUUAGGAAAGGAGAGUUUCUAUUGUCCGGCCCUCUGGCUAGUUUUAAACAGGGACCAUGGCUGUUUUAUUUAGAGCAGCGUUUCUCCCCCCUGGUCCUCAGGCCCCCUGUCCUGCAGGUGUUUCCCUUCUGCCACACCUGGAUUGUAUCUCUGGGUGAUUAUCAGGCGCCUGCAGCACCUGAUGGAUCAGCGGUUCUGGAGCAGAGGCUCAUCUAGAACAUGCACAGCAGGGGGCCUGAGGACCAGGGGGGGAAACUGAUCUAGAUUGAGACCAGUGGAAGUUUUUAUUUUAUUUUCUUUGCUGUUUUCACCAGGAUUUGUGUGUUUUUGUUGGGGAACUUUUAGGUCAGGGUCCAAAGUGGGUCCAGGAGGCAUCCUGCAUGUUUUAGUUCUCUUCCUAGUGAUAAUAAUAACCUCCUCAGCAGGUCAAAGGUCAUUGUUCCCUUUAGGCUUCAUAACGAGCCUCAUUUGAUCCAGGUGUGUUAAACCAGGGAGAGAAUAAAACAUGCAGGAGCCUCCAGGACCCACUUUGGACCCAGACUAAGGUUUAUUUAUUUAUAUUUUCCUUAUUAUUCCUCCCCUAACAGUCUAAUUUAAUUUAAUUAGGUUUUAACUAUUUUUCAGCUUUAAGGUUCCCAGGAUCAGCAAAGACUUUUAAUGUGGUCAUUUCUGUACAAUAAAAUAAAUGGACUACAUUUAAACUCUGUAAUCUGUUAAUCUUUUUACAAACUUACCUGUGUGGUCUGGUAAAAAGGAGGAUCUAAGGUUAAAGCUUCAUUCUAAAACACGUAUUUCUUCUUUCUGGUGUUUUUACUUCACGUUCAUUAAAUGAUGUAAACUCUUAUUUAUAGAUUUGCACAUUGCCAUACUAGUUUGGAAAUGUUUUGGUAAAUAAAGUUAAAAAAUAAAAUGUGGGAUCAAAUCCUGAGCGUAAAGGAGAUGUUGAUGAGGUCAGAGGUCAAACCGGGUUAGAACCCGACCGGAACCGCAGCUGGAAGUCAUCUGACCGUCAUCUGCUCAGAGUGACUCAUCUCCUCUAAGAGCAGCUGUGACUCUGUGCGUCAUGACGUCAGCGGCAGCGCGUCAACCGGCCUUUCACAAUAAAGCGCCUGUCUGUCAGAUGUUCAGGGUUUCGGGUCCGGACGAACUUCCAGCGCGGUUCCGAGUCCAGAAUGUCGACGACGUCUCAGAAACACCGCAACUUUGUAUCGGAGCCAAUGGCGGACAAGCCGGUCAUGGCGCUGGCCGGGAUCGGAGACAGACUGGGCCACAGCCUGACGGAGCAGGGCUACGAUAAGGCCUACGUGGUUUUGGGUCAGUUCCUGUUGCUGAGGAAAGACACAGAGCUGUUCUGCUAUUGGUUGAAGGACGUCACCGCAGCCAAUAGAAAGCAGGCUGAUGACUGCGCCCAAUGCCUGAAGGACUGGUGCGACGCCUUCCUGUGAGGAGGCCCCGCCCCUUCCGAGGGCCCGCCCCUUCCACGGAGCAGCCCCUCCAGAGGCCCCGCCCCUCCAGUUCCCGCUCUGCGUUGCUUUUCUGAGCUGCCAGAUUUUCUCCUCCUUAUUCUGUAAAUGUUUGUCAUUAAAUCUCUUUGCCCAGA